AUGGGAAUGGAGGGAUAUAGUGAACAGAAGAAAAGGAGGAGGAAAUUCCCAGGUCCAGCUGGCCUCCUCAACCCUGGAUCUGCUGUGUUCCAGAAUGAUCCAGGAGGGAGACAAACUUUGGGAAAUACGAAUUCAAUUGAAGUCAUUCCUUCAAGCCAGGACAGUGAAGUGAACUUUGAAAAGGGACCAUGGAAACACGCUUUGGAAGAGCUUGGGCUUGAUGAGCAAGACCCAGGCUCCCUUCUCACCAGGUUCAAUAUUCCAUGGGUCAUGCGAAGUGCAGAAGCUUGCCAGUUUGUCAUAAGGAAGGUGCCCCUGUUGGUUGUGAUGUUGAAGAGCAUUGAGGUAAAUGCAAGUGGAGGAGCAAGCUGUGUUGUGCGAGAUCGAGCAGGUGAGAUGCGAGCCUCACUCCACUCUGAUAUCCUCAAAGACCGAGCUUCAUUGCUGCAAGCAGGGAGUGUGUUACUUCUACGUGACAUUGGUGUGUUUUCCCCAAGUGGGCUUGGACAUCACCGCCGCCAUUAUCUCAAUAUCACAUUACAGAAUCUUCUUCGUAUAUACUACACGGACUUGCUCGAGGAUUCAACUGUCAAGUGCUGUCGGCUUGCCAGCAUCACAGACCAAGAACUUCAUCAGCUCAUCGGGGAGAUUUUGUCAGCACCUUUAAUGGAAAUCAAGAAUCAGUCAUUGCCUGCUCCUCAGGUGGAAGCCAAAUCACUCUGGUCAAGCAUUCCUGCUGGUAACUUCUCAUCUUCCCCAUUCAGAAAACCUCUGAUGGCAGCUAUGGAUUCAGCUUCAGCCAUUAAGAAACCUGGGUCUUCCAUCAUGGAGUCAUCUCUGCAUAGGCCCAAGAAGCCUCGCCCAUCGUCACCAAUUGGUGGGAGUGGAAAUACAGACCCUAAUGUCCUCCAUGAGUGGUUACAGUCAGAUGAGGUGGAUGAAUUUCUGGCUGAUCUCGAUGAGGAGAGCUUCAUGCUAGAAGGAACUCCCAUGUGAAAUCAAGGUGCUUACUCUUGUAUAAUUCCAUUUUUAUGGAAAACUUUAUUUUUGUUCAAUAUACCGGAUCUCCUCUUGA